AUGUCUUCGUUUCUUAUUCCGAAAAAGGACGGGGUCGCUAGAUAUGACUGGGACUCCUUUGCGCACGAGAAAAAGGGUUAUAUCUCUUUUCAUCUUGUCAAGUUUUUGUUGAUCUACGAGGAGAUUGAUACGGUUCUCGACUCCGUGCUCAUCCAGAAAACAGCCUUGAAAGUGUACAUAUGCUUGAAUGUGCUUUAUUGUUUCCCAGAGAUAUGGGACGCAGCAGCCGGCAAAACCGAAGACAACGACUACCGCGACAGCAAAUCUUAUCAAAAUAUCAUUGCACUAUGUAUUCCUGCCCACGGUAACACCUUUGCCGUGAACUAUCCGCAUCGUCUGUUCGUUGGCCUUAGCAAUCGCCACCUGUCCAAAGCUGCUGGGAAAUGGGGAACACGGCCGUUCAAUGGUUUCUUGAGCCUUGAGAGAUCGGCUAUUGACAAGCCAAGCAUAGCGGAAGCGUACCUGGUCCGGGCGAUUCUAAUCUCAAAGGGACUCCCGGUUGAGCUUGCCGUCGGAGUUAUGCGUUUUGUGGGCUACGAAGGAAAACGAAGACUUACGAUCCCAAACGACCCCUUUCAUCCUUCCAACAAGGAAGAACUCGUCAAAUACCUAAAUUAUUGCUGGAAACUUUUGAUUUGCUGCGACAUCUUGGCGAAGACUAUUGGCAAGCAUAUCAACUGGUACGAGAAGGUUUCUCAGUGCAUUCAUGAACUCUGGAGUUGUGGUGGUGGGUACUGGACCAGACCUGUUAAUCACAGUUAUUGCUUCUGCAAGCCCCAUAAUCGCAAAUUGGAGAUGAGAUGCCCAGUUGAAUUCAAAAUGGGGACCACCAAUUGCCAGAAUUAA